AUGGGGCAGGCCGGUGUCGGCAGCGCCCUGCCCUGCACAAUGUGCGCUGCGCUGCAGAAAGCCGCUUCCCCGUCCCGCUGCAGCUGGGGCUCUGCUCGGUCCCGGGAGGCCCCGGCCGGCAGCGGCGUCCAGGUGCGCGGGGCGGGGCUGCGGCUCGGCCCGCCCCCGCGGCACCCGAGGCGGGACCGCUGUCUGCCGCCGCAUCCCCGCCGCGACGGGCGGCUCGAAGUCGGCUUCGUUCUGCUCCGCGCCGCCGCCCGCUGCUCCGGCACCAUGUCCCUCUGCAGGGCCGCCUCGCAGGCGCUGGCCUCCCGCCUGAGCAGGGCUCCUGCCGCCGCCGGCCGCCUCAAGCAGCGUGCACCUCCUCGCCAGAUGUCAUCUGGGAGUGUUCCUGGCUCUUCUAGAGACAGCAUGAUGAUCUAUCUCCUUGCUGGUGUUGCUGCUUUUGGUGGUUUAUUUUAUGCCUACAGACUAGUCAGUUCAUCCCGCAGCAAGUUUGUUGAACAUUCAAAUAUUCUUCAUGAGAGAACCGAGGGGCAGAAAAGCAAUCCUUGGUCAAGGAAGGACACAAGGGAAAUAUCUUUCCAAACCUGAGGAAGUUAAAUACAAACAAAGGACAAUCGUUUACCAUUGAGUACAUUGCAGCCUACCUUGGGAUGACUUUGUGCCUUCUAUUGUAAAGCCCCAGUUGUGUGAGACUUUAAAAGAACUACCUAUGUUUGCAAGGCCAAACCAUAUUGAGCUUAUUACUGAAUCUGCUUUGUAGAAGGCAGUUCUGAGAUGGAGAAGCUGGCUGUUCUGAAUUAAUGCACUCUAUAUUUGACUGUCCAAUAAAGUGUACUGAAUGCUGA